AUGUCGAAUCGACAACACAUCUCGUCCCCCGCGGACUCCCAGACAACCGUCGCAGACCCGCAGCCCUUCAUGCCCGACACCAAGGCCGACCACAACCCAGACAGGACAGACUACGAGUCCGAAGGCCAGCAAUCGACUCUCAACCAAGCCGCGGCGGAUCCGGAGAAGGGACACGGAGGCCCUCCCGUGAAGCCGUCGUACCCCGGAAGCGAUGCGCCAGAUGGCGGAGCCACCGCAUGGCUUGUUGUUCUCGGAGCGUGGUGUACUAGUUUCUGCAGUUUUGGAUGGGUGAACAGUGUCGGCGCUUUUCAGGAGUAUUAUCAGAAUGACUUGUUGAGCAACUACUCCCCGAGCACAAUUUCAUGGAUCCCUUCGCUACAGAUCUUCUUCAUGAUGGCCAUGGGUCCUGUCAUUGGCACACUCUACGACAACUACGGCCCUCGAUGGCUCAUUUUCGGCGGCACGAUUCUCCACGUGUUCGGCCUCAUGAUGACCUCCCUCGCAACCCAGUACUACCAGAUCCUCCUCGCUCAGGGAAUCUGCUCUGCCAUUGGUGUCUCCGCCAUCUUCCAACCCGCGAUGAACACCAUCCACGGCUGGUUCAACAUCAAGCGCGGCGCCGCUUUCGGCCUUCUCUCUACCGGCUCCUCCAUCGGCGGCAUCGUCUUCCCGAUCAUGGUCACGAGGCUCAUCAAGCAGGUCGGAUAUCCCUGGGCCAUGCGCACCUGCGCCUUCAUGAUUUUGGGGCUGCUCAUCAUUGCCAACUUGACGGUCCGCGCGUACCACCCCCCACGUCCGCAGAAGGUCACCAAGGAGAUGCUCCUGCGUCCGUUCAAGGAGUUCGAGUUCGUUUGUGUCGUCAUUGGUUUCUUCCUAUUCACAUACGGCAUCUUUGUCCCGAUCAACUACAUCCAGGUGCAGGCCCUCGAGGCAGGCAUGAGCCCGGACUUGGCGCAGUACCUCGUCGCUAUCCUCAACGCUGGAUCCUUGUUUGGACGUAUCUUCUCGGGCAUUCUUGGUGACAAGAUUGGAAAGUACAACAUCUUCGUGGUGGUCUGCUACUUGACCAGUAUCUGGAUGUUGGCGCUCUGGAUCCCGGCGAACUCGGAUGGCGCGCUGAUUGCUUUCGCCGUGCUGUUUGGUUUCUGCUCGGGCGCGUACGUGUCGCUGAUUGCGCCGCUGGUAGCAGCCAUCUCGCCGUUCCAGGAGAUUGGGUUCCGAACGGGAAUCACCUUCUUGACGAACUCCAUCGGAGGACUGACGACGAACCCGAUCAACGGUGCGAUCCUGGCAGGACCCGGCGGUUGGGUCGGUAUCAAGGUGUUUUCUGGCGUCUUCUGCAUUGCGGGGACAACAUUCAUUUUGAUUGCCAGGAUGAAGAGGACCGGCUGGAAGGUAUUUGUUGCUUUCUAA